UGGCGCUAGAUUCCCGCUGUGGAUCGUUCUCCAGUGGACAGCUUCGUCAGGGGGGCGGGGCUUGUCUCAUCAAUCAUUCAUGAACACGACGGCACGACAGCGUCGGGGUGUCGAGAACGGCUGAUGAUGAGCUUGCUGAGGUGAAUUGGCUUACUGCCGAGACAUGAAAGAUUCCGGAUGCGAGACCGCAAACCGAUAUCAGUGACAUAUGCACCCGGCAGCCGUUGGCUCGACGACGGGGACUGGAAAGCGUCCAAGCGGCAGAGAUGCGUUUCAGGGCAGUUGACCCCCAAAUUUCGAAUCCGAACCCGAGAGGUCCAGCCAUUGGAGGGUUGAUGAAGGUGCGGGCUAUUCAUAUUUGAAGUCGCUUCCAUUGUCGAUCUCCCAAAGAAAAUGCUUCGGACGGGAACUUUCCCGGCCCUGAAGUUCCCAAGCUGAUAAAGUGGGGGCCCUGCCACACUUUCCCCAAUCCUCUCACCAACCACGAGCCCUCUUGCACCUCCUUCCACCGUGCCAUCGAGCCCUCGGAACCAGAUCAAGUUUCACAGUGUCACAAACUAUUGGCUAAACGCGUCACGCCAACCCCAGAGUCUCACUGGAACCAAAAAAGGAGCCACGAAUUACCCUCAUGAUUCUCUUACAGCACCUACCUAUCGUCAACUCACCACCAUUGGGGUGCCCACACGAAGAAAUCCGCCUCCCUAGACCAGGGCCGGCCCAUUGUAUAACCAGCUAGCUUUCCCACUAUCGACCACCUUUGUUCCCUUGCCCCCUUUCCUCACCACCGGCCUUGACUUGACUGAGAACCGUUAGACACCACUGUUAUACCAAAUUGGUGUACCCCAGAAUGCUGUUUACAUUAUGGGCAGCGCUUAGCGCGGCAGUGGCGUAUGCUGUGUUCUCUUAUUUUGCGGCAUGGCGGCGAAAUGUGCUCAUUGCUCGAAAGACGGGACUUAAAUACUUCAUGGUUCGUAAGUGAAAGAUAUCGACAUCUAUCUUGAGUGCCAUGAUCAAAUACUCACACACUAGAUAUCUAGAUGCCUCACCAAUAGGACUAUGGUGGCAGCUUGGAAUCAAGAUUUGGUCACCUAUGAUCAAGAUCCUCCCAAAAUGGAUAUGGGAGUACCGAUUACUGGUUAUGACUCCUGACUGGGCCUAUUCAACUGGUCAGAAAGUCUUCGAGUACCUUGGGACUGACACAUUCCUGACUGUUUCUCCUUAUGACAUCUUGAUGUAUACUCAAGAUGCCGAGGUCAUUCAUAGAAUCACGCAACGUCGUGAGGCCUUUCCCAAGGACAUUGACAAAUACAGUCUUCUCAGCAUGUUUGGUCACAAUGUUCUCACCACCGAAGCUCAGACCUGGAGGCUACACCGGAAGGUUACGAGUGCCAGUUUCAACGAGAAGAAUGCUGCUCACACCUUUUCCGAGGCCAUCUACCAGACCCGUGGUAUGUUGGACGAGCUUUUUGGUGCGGGCGGAGAGACCAAGGGCACGACCAAGACCAUCACAACACUCGAGCAUGACACCAUGACUUGGGCGCUGAAUGUCAUCGGCUAUGUUGGCUUUGGCCUUCGUUUAUUGUGGCCAAAUCAGAAAAUGCCUGAAGACACCGACCCUAAACUGGUCAAGUAUGGCAGUCUGGAUCCUCCAGACGGACAUUCCAUCACCUUUGCCAAAUCAGUUGAGCGGACCUUGGACAAGAUUAUCACCAUUCUUGUUUUUCCCGACUUUCUUCUUAAACAUCUACCCUUCAAAUUUGCGAGCUACACUUACGAGGCCAAGGCCAACUAUCUCCAGUACAUGGAUGAAUUCUUGCGCGACAAGGCGAAGGAGGCUCAGGCUGGCGAAUCCACCAAGGAGGGAAUGGACAUCAUGGGACAGCUCGUUCAAUCGAAAUACGGCCUCUCCCCGUCUGAAAAAGCUAAACAAGCCGGUCUUGACGACGCUGAAAUCGUCGGCAAUGCUUUCAUUAUGAUCGUAGCCGGCCAUGAAACAACCGCCAACACACUUCACUUCGCCAUCGCCGAGCUCGCAAUCAACCCUGCCACGCAACGCCGUCUGCAAAAGGAUGUCGAUUCUUUGUUUGGAGACUCCGACCCAUCGACCUGGGACUAUGAAAAGAACAUCAAUGCCAUGACGGCCAGCCACAUUGGUGCCUGCAUCAACGAGACGCUCCGUUUGAUGCCACCGGUCACGCUUAUUCCCAAAGUUGUCUCGGCCAGCUCGGAUCAGACCAUCACAGCUCAGGGGAAGACUCAUGUCUUACCUUCAGGACUUUCGUGUAACCUGAUGGCCGUCAGCGUACAGCGCAACCCGCGAUUUUGGCCCACCAAAUCAUCAGAGAAGACUGGCGCCCCUACGGAUCUUGACGAUUUUCUGCCCGACAGGUGGUACCAAACUCAGAACACAGGAACCGACGAUGAGAAGGACGAGGAAGGCGAUGGGGUGGAUUAUGGCGGCUUUCAGGGGAGUGACACCAGCGCCUCGUUCUAUCGGCCGGUCAGGGGUAGCUACAUUCCCUUCAGUGAUGGACCUCGGUCAUGCUUGGGACGCCGAAUCGCCAUGGUGGAGAUGAAUGCUGUGCUGGCGGUGAUUUUUCAAAAGUAUAGUGUGGAGCUCGCGGUGGACGAGUGGGCGAGCGACGGGGAGGUGGAGAAUAUGGACGCAGCAGCCAGAAGAGAGCUCUACAAGAAGGCCCAGGCAAAAGCGCAAAAGACACUGAAUGAGGCAACGUCGGUCCUGACGCUCAAGUUACACGGGGGCAAACAUGUGCCUGUGAGGAUAGUGAAGAGAGGGAAAGAGCGGUUUGUCAAUGAUGUUGAGCUGUCAUAG